GUAGGCGUGUCUUUGUGUUUCAGCUCAGACACGCCUACACGCUUGAAGUUGUAAACAAAGUUGAGCAACGCUUCACUUGUGCAACAGGGUGCAAUGAAGAUGGCAGAGAGACAGAAACCUUCCCAAGAACAGAAAGUGUGUUUCUUCAGCAGUUUUUAUGGAGCAUCUUCUCCUGGUGUCUAAACUACAGCAGUGUUGGACCUGAAAGAAACGACAGAGGAAGAUGCUGCUGCUCUUCGUCCUCUGCUCAUCUGUCUGUGCAACAUUUGUAGUGAAUGUGACACAGAGCUCCUAUCAGGCAGAGGAGAACCACAACAUCACUCUGGAGUGGACCUUCACCACCAAACCUGACGUCUCCUGGAGGUUCCUGUUUAUCAUCUGUAACCUGAUAACUGAUCACAGAGUCUUAACCCUGUAUCGUGUCCAUGAUGGAGUUGAGGUACCAGAGUCUCAGGAUGAAAAGUUUGCAGGACGAGUCCAGAGUGACAAAGACGUCCUCAGAGAAGGACGAAUCAGACUUCGUGUGUCCAGACCCAGAACUAAUGAUUCUGGUCUGUAUAUGUGUGAUGUGAAGACAGAUUACGGCUUCAGCUCUGAAAAAUAUCACCUGAACGUUACCGGACUGCUCAAUAAAAGAUGUCACCAGCGAGAGCUCUCUGCUGCCAGAGGAUGCUUUAUGUGUCAGACCAGACAUGAGAAGACUCUGGUCCAGGAAAUCCACACUGUGGAUCAGGUUGUAGCUGAGAGGAAACAGCAGAGAGGAGCUUUAAUAACACUGAGACACGAGAAGAAACUGGAACCACAGGAGUUUGUAUUUAAUAUCUCCAUGAAGCACUUUUAUUCUGAACGUCGUGAAGAACUUGUUAAAUUUCUGGAUUAAUUCCUUUCUGUACAAGUUUUAAUGUUCAAAGUAUGUAAGUAGAGGAUUGUAAAGGUUCAACUGACUGCAGAGGCGUUGGGGAUUGUGUUUUACAGAUGUGUUACAGAUGUCUUCUUCUUGUUGAACCAUGCUUUUUACCUUCACCAUGUAGAAGACUUUCAUAUGAUCAUAUUACAUGUAGCAGAAUAAAGUCCAGCAGCUGAUCUUUGUGACAUUCACACUUCAAACUCAACACAGAACCAAAUUUUUUUUCAAGCUGCUUUGGUUAAAAAUGUUUUUAUUUUGUUUCUAUGUGUUUUUAAGUGUUUCUCUUUUAUUUAACACCUUAUUAAACUGUAAAAAUGGAAUAAUAAAAAUAAUUCAAAUGUACAUCUUUCCUUUGCUUUCUU